GGGGGGGGGAGAGUUUUCGAGAUCCGCCGGGCGAGAUGGACAACGGCGACAUCGAGAGCGGCGCCGACGUGGACGAGCUCCCGCCGCCGCAGGGCCGGAGGAAGUACCGGCCCGUGGGGGCCCACGACCGGGCGGUCCUCGAGAUGUCGUCCAUGGAUCCCGGAUCUUCCUCCUCCUCUUCUGCUGCUUCCGCCGCCUCCGCCGCCGCUCUGCCCCGGCCCCGCCGCGACGCGCCGCCUCCCAGGAAUAUUAAAGUUGGCCAACGAGCAAAUGUGGGUCCAGAUGCAAAGGAAGAAGGGUCAUCUCCAAGGCGUGCAGAUGUUAAUGACUCUCAGAAUGAAUCCAAGUUGGAACUGUUUGGUUUUGAUUCCCUUGUGAAUAUUCUUGGUCUUAAGAGUAUGACAGGGGAGCAAAUUCCAGCACCUUCUAGUCCUAGAGAUGGCGAAGAUGUUUCCAUCACUCUUGGUCAUCGAAAGACUUCGGACCUCAAACUGGGAACAUUGAUGGGUGUAUUUGUCCCGUGCUUGCAGAAUAUUCUUGGAAUUAUUUAUUAUAUCCGUUUUUCUUGGAUUGUUGGUAUGGGUGGCAUAGCUGAGUCCUUGUUGCUUGUAUUCUUUUGUGGCUUGUGUACAUUCUUGACUUCAAUAUCACUGAGUGCUAUUGCUACAAAUGGUGCAAUGAAGGGUGGGGGACCAUACUAUCUUAUUGGUCGUGCUCUGGGUCCUGAGGUGGGAGUGAGUAUCGGCCUAUGCUUCUUCCUUGGGAAUGCCGUUGCUGGAUCUCUAUAUGUAUUGGGAGCUGUGGAAACUUUUCUAAAGGCCGUGCCUGCUGCUGGAAUUUUUAGUGAGACCAUCACAAAACUUAAUGGCACAGAAGUUGCACAGCCAAUCCAGAGUCCUAGCUCCCAUGAUCUGCAAAUUUAUGGGAUUGUUGUCACCAUAGUCUUAUGUUUUAUCGUCUUUGGUGGAGUGAAAAUGAUCAACCGGGUUGCGCCUGCAUUCCUAAUUCCUGUCUUACUAUCAAUUUUCUGCAUUUUUGUUGGGAUCUUUCUGGCUAAGAAGAAUGAUCCAGCAGAGGGAAUCACGGGAUUGAGUUCGAGCACCUUUAGGGAUAACUGGGGUCCUAAAUAUCAGAAUACGAACAAUGCUGGAAUCCCUGAUUCUGAAGGGAAAGUAGAAUGGAGUUUCAAUGCACUGGUUGGUCUCUUUUUUCCUGCUGUUACUGGAAUUAUGGCUGGUUCAAAUCGAUCAGCCUCCUUGAAGGAUACACAGCGGUCAAUACCCGUUGGGACACUUGCUGCAACUCUUACAACUACUGCCCUAUAUCUGAUUUCUGUUUUAACUUUUGGGGCUGUGGCAAAUAGAGAUAAGCUACUGACUGACAGGCUGCUUACAGCAACAAUUGCUUGGCCUCUCCCUGCAAUCGUAUACAUUGGAAUUAUCCUUUCGACUUUAGGUGCAGCUCUCCAGAGCCUCACAGGCGCACCUCGUCUUCUGGCAGCGAUAGCAAAUGAUGAUAUCCUGCCUAUUCUCAAUUACUUCAAGGUUGCAGAAGGGAAUGAACCUCACAUUGCUACACUUUUUACUGCAUUCCUCUGUAUAGGGUGCGUCAUAAUUGGGAAUCUGGAUCUGAUCACACCAACUAUAACCAUGUUUUUCCUACUAUGCUAUGCGGGGGUGAACCUAUCUUGCUUCCUCCUGGAUCUUCUAGAUGCACCCAGUUGGCGUCCACGGUGGAAGUUUCACCACUGGAGCCUCUCUUUGCUUGGAGCAUCACUCUGCAUUGUGAUCAUGUUCUUGAUAUCGUGGUCAUUUACUGUUAUUUCUCUGGCCCUUGCAAGCCUCAUAUAUUACUACGUGAGCAUUAAAGGAAAAGCUGGGGACUGGGGCGAUGGUUUCAAAAGCGCCUAUUUCCAACUUGCUCUCCGCAGUCUUCGAUCAUUAGGAGCAAGCCAAGUGCAUCCGAAGAAUUGGUACCCUAUUCCCCUUAUUUUCUGCCGGCCCUGGGGAAAGCUUCCAGAAAAUGUACCCUGCCAUCCAAAGCUGGCAGACUUUGCGAAUUGUAUGAAAAAGAAAGGUAGGGGAAUGUCCAUCUUUGUCUCGAUUCUCGACGGAGAUUACCAUGAAUGUGCCGAAGAUGCCAAAGCUGCUUGCAAGCAGCUUGAUACUUACAUAGACUACAAGAACUGUGAGGGAGUUGCAGAGAUUGUUGUUGCCCCAAGCAUGUCCGAAGGCUUCCGUGGGAUUGUCCAGACCAUGGGCCUGGGCAAUCUCAAGCCCAACAUCGUGGUCAUGCGGUACCCGGAGAUAUGGCGUCGCGAGAAUUUGACUGAAAUACCCGCCACGUUUGUGGGUAUAAUCAAUGAUUGCAUUGUGGCUAACAAGGCGGUUGUUAUUGUCAAGGGCCUUGAUGAAUGGCCGAACGAGUAUCAACGGCAGUACGGUACGAUUGAUUUGUACUGGAUCGUGAAGGAUGGUGGCCUCAUGCUCCUCCUCUCCCAGCUCCUCCUCACAAAGGAGAGCUUCGAGAGUUGCAAGAUCCAGGUCUUUUGCAUCGCGGAGGAGGAUUCGGAUGCCGAGGGUCUCAAGGCCGAUGUGAAGAAGUUCCUCUAUGAUCUCCGGAUGCAAGCAGAAGUCAUUGUCGUCUCGAUGAAAUCAUGGGACCUGAAGGUGGAGGGUGGGUCCCAGAACGACGAUUCGCUCGAAGCGUUCACGGCAGCUCAAGGCCGCAUCACCGACUAUCUCAACGAGAUGAAGGAGGCUGCUCAGAGGGACGGGACCUCUCUGAUGGCCGACGGGAAGCCCGUGGUGGUCAACGAACAACAGGUGGAGAAGUUCCUCUACACUACCCUCAAGUUGAAUUCGACCAUACUCAGAUACUCGAGGAUGGCCGCAGUGGUGCUAGUGAGCCUACCGGCGCCUCCGUUGAACCAUCCGGCGUACUUCUACAUGGAGUACAUGGAUCUGCUGGUGGAGAAUGUUCCCCGGCUGUUGAUGGUAAGAGGGUAUCGAAGAGAUGUCGUAACUUUGUUCACGUAGUCGGCGGUGAAUUCAGUUCUUUUUUAUUUUACCUUCUAGGUCGAUUCGAUUACUGUAUUUUAGUCGUAUAAUUUUUUUGUUACAAACCCCUCCCCCCCUUUUUUUUUCAGCAAAUUUUGCAGGUUGAAUGUAACAUUCUUUUAUUGAACCAGUUUAGUUUCUCAAAGAAAAAUGGUUUUUAAUUAAA